UUCAAUGCAUCGUUGGUAAAUUACGCGGUCAAAGAUUUGUUUUUCCUGAAAAAUGAAGCAACACCCGCUUGGAAAGGGAGCACAGUUUAGGUGCCUAACGUUUUUCUGAUAGCAAUACGAUAUGGCGGGAAAUUCAAAACUGUGUUUCCUCUGACAACAACGAUGGAGGAUCUGCUGUUCGAUGCAGAAACUUUGAAGCGGGCACCCCUCCCGGCUAAAAUUCUUGAGGAAGGCGAAGAGAUCUUCCGGUUCACAGGAAAGACGGCAUCAAGCUCAUUCACACUCGAGAAUACUUGCAAGGGGAUAGCUCCUAGAGAAACUGCGAGUGAGAAGCGACGCAAAUUCAAAGAUGCGGAAGAACAUGGCUAUCGGAGAGCACCGGCGGUGCUCAUAAGUCUUCAAGAGUUUAUUAAGAAGGAGCGGUUCCUUAAAAUGAAGCGACAUCCGAAAGAGCACUAUGUUAGGGAACAAGCGUGUAUGGCCGCCUUUCAGCUACACAAUCGUGUGAAGAAGCACGUUCUCGGAUUUUCAGAUAUACGAGAAUUAAUUGUCAAUAUUGCUGAUCUCUAUGACUAUUGUGCACAAGGUGUGCCAAGGAGAGCAACGAUUGUCGUGGCUCGACUAAUUCACAAACUGAUAAUAAUAAUGAAUGAUCUCGCGUCAGCAAUUGAGAUGAAAACUCAGGGUGUCGCCACAACCUGGUCAUCGGUAGCGGAACGAUACAAGCGUUUGGGAGCAGAAGAUCCUGGCAAACCGGCUAUCAAUCAGAUAAUACCCAGCACUCAAUUCUUUGUUACCGAUAGUAUAUUAGGAAAGGGUGGAUUUGGUUACGUGAGCCGCGUGACCUUUGGUGGCUCGGUCGCUAUGGCCGUCAAACUUGUACCGCUGGAUAAACAAGUUCAGCCAAAGUAUGCCGUUGUUGAUAAGAUUGUAGCGUGCAUGGUCAAUCAUCCAUUGUUGGUAAAGUGCUAUUGUACAUUUCGAUGUUCGUCGGCCUACGUAACGGUGAUGGAGUAUGUGCUAGCGAUCGAUAUUCUCAAAGCGUUGAGGCUGGCGCCUCCGCCUGAUGGACCACCGAUGUACGUGCGCCAACAUAUCGUCGCUCAGCUUUGUCUGGGUAUUAGUUAUAUCCAUUUUAAAGGCUUCAUCCAUCGGGACAUCAAACCUUCAAAUCUACUUCUGUUGCCUGGCUGCCGCCUGAAGUUAAUCGAUUUCGACACCGUGAAGGUUGGCAUGGGCAAAUUUCGAAACUGGUAUAUGCAUAACUGGUAUCGGCGGACGACUAGCGAAUUUCAUGAUCGAGAAUCAGCUGGCACAAGGGCUUAUUUUCCGCCCGAGGUUCUUACAAGAAAAGCCUAUGGCCGAUGUAUAGAUUGGUGGGCACUCGGAGUUACGCUUUACGAGAUGGUUUGUGGCCGACUACCGUUUCGAGCUGAUGAUAAUACAACUGUGAGGAACAACCUAGCCGACGUCAUUAAGAAGGCGUCAUUCGACUACCCGGAGGGUAUUGACGUAAAUCCCUACGAAAAGGAUUUUAUAGGUCGUUGUCUUACGAAAAAACCUUCGGUGCGUAUGUGCUCGAAAGGCGGUUACGAUGAGUUCCGUAAGCACAUGUAUCUAAAAGCCAUAGACUGGGCCGAUGUCGAACGCUGGUCAACUGUUGAAUGGGUAGCGUUCGAACAACUUAUGGAACAUCAGAUAGAAAAUGCUUCUACAGCUAAGAAUCCUGACCAUGAUCAGCGUUAUCUCAGCCAGGUCGAACUAAAUAACGAUGACGCAUCUAGUCCUCCGCUUUACACAUUUGCUUCGAGAGGCUUCCUAACUGCUCUCGAGCGAAUUCGACGAGGAGAACCGAUUCUUGAGUCCGAUAUUCAGGAUGCUCCGGAAUACGUCGAACUCGACUGUUUCCAGGAGUAUAGGUUUCAGGAGUUUGUUGCUUAACAGCAGCACUUCUGCUGGGUACAAUCCGUCGUGCUGACAAGGUUGGCACAUGCGUAGCAAUCCCAAAACGAAGCAGGAACUGUGCACCAUUUAAAUACAAGCGACCGGCCUUAUUAAAUCGUCAGGCGAGACCUUAUGUACAAGACCUCGUAAUCACUAAGCAAGUAUCAGCGACACAUCUUUAAUCUACGGUUUUGAUUUUUGUAACCCUUCUCGUUGUUGGGCAUCCUUUCGUUGGAGGCAAAUGUUUUUUUUAUGGGCAAGUGUUUGUCAAAGGAUCAGCGAAAUAGGUAAGCCAGUUAAGAUAGUAGUUGGAUUUGGUGGCUCUGAUGGUCCUGUUCGUAAAAAAGAGAAAAUCUAUAGUGGCAUUCGAUUUAAAUACGAAGCAGUGUUUAGUAAUGGAAAUACAUGAAAUAUAUGAAAGUAGAUUUUUCUUACAAACCAUGUAUGCCGGGCUUGCAACCGGGCAGCCGCCAGUAUUCAAGUUUGUUUCGACAAGUUACAACAUAGGUGAAGUUAACUAGGGCUUUAACAAAUCACAGUAUGUUUUCUUCCGGUGAACCUUGCUCAGAGAUUUGUUCUGUCAAUAAGUACUAAGAAAGCACAUUAUAAUUACACGGUUCAUGUUAAUGCGCGAACCAGUUUUUCCAGUCUCAGCUUAUAGUUCAGAUUUUUUUUUAUUUAUUUAAAUUGCAGUUGUCCUGGUAAGCUGCAGCGAUACUCGGCACUACCCGGUUGCAGUCAUCUCUAGUUAGUCUCCUUACAAUUAUAUGCAAUAUAAAAAUUAUUAUAUAGUAUAAAAAAUCUCAUCGAAUACUUCAAUCACCUUCAAAUAGCCCUCAUUGAUUUUUUCCGUUUUAGUAGUUACUCUAAUCAAUGUCCCCAAGUAAUAAGUCAUCUUUUUAUUCUAAGAGAAUCACUCGAUUAUUUUCUGCCAUGUCUUUAUAUAUCAUAAUUAAUCCUGUAAUUUAUCUUCAUCAACCCCAUAGGCUGGGCGCGAAUAUUCACCUAGUCUCUAUGCUAAAUAGUUUUGCAAGUAAAUAUUUAAUAAGUGCAGUUUCGUACCUAUUUAUGUAAGGAUCGGAAGUCUAGCGACCUGUCACGUUGGUUGCCAAAAUCACCGUUUCGAAAGGUUAUUUUACCUAUGCGGCAAUUUCUUACACAUUUUACCAUACAGCCAUUACCGACUAUUGCUGGACCUAGUGGUGCUUUAGGUAUUACAGUUACUAUUAAUGUUUUUAACAUUUUGGUUUCUAGGACACGUUUUUCUUUGUUGUUCUAGGUUAUUAAAAUUUUGUGAUUUGUUAUCCAAGUACUUUGGCUAAAUGUAAGGAUAAUAAGGCUAGUAUCGUUUGACUCGUCUUACAUUUAGCCAAAGUACUAAAAUAAAUAUAUUUUUAAAAAAAUAAAAAAAUUGUGGAUUUUGAAGACAACGUUCAAAAUGAGAAAAGCAAAAAAGACCGCACUACUUAAUCAAAACUUUAAAGGUUAAAAUAAAACGAAUUCCGGCAAAAAAAGAUGGAUUAGUGCUUAUAUUUCAUGAACAAUAAUUCUUACUUACAACUUUAUAAAUCUGAUUUAGUUCGUACAUAUAUAUCUAUAAUAUUUGUUGAGAAAAUGCGUCCUAUUAAUUUUCUAGUAAACCUCACUGCCUUAUUUCGGGAAAAUACCCUAAUUAUUAGUCUCUAAAAACACUCUAUAGAAAAAAAAACAACACAUUAAAGUAACAGAAUCGUACGGAUCGUAGGUACUCGGAUAGUAGUUUGUACAAACUU